AUGCAGGGCCAGAGGUCCCGGGCUGCGGCGAGGACCGCCGUGUGGUCAGGCCGGCGCCUCCUCCGCUGGCCGCCAGGGGGCAGCAGGCGCACGGCGGAGCGGCGACGCGGGCCCACGCGGGGGCAACUCAGGCGGAGGAAGCUGAUGAAAUCCUGGCCAACUUGCAGUCCUUCCCGGAGUCUGCCCGAACGGGCGCUGCGGCCUGCAGCCCGCGGGGGCCAGGGCAGGCGAGCGGCGGCCCCGGGCAGCGAGCGAGUCGGCGAGUCCGGGGCCCGGCGGCGGGAGGACGGGCAGGGAAACCGAGGCAGGCCCGGGCGGCGCGUGGGGCGGAGGGCGGGCCGCGCUCGGCGGGGCACGCCCAGCCCCCAGCCCUGGCGCGGGCCAGUUACCAAGUUACCGAAUUACCGCAGGACUCCGGCGCUCCUGACUGGCGGGGCCGCGGCCAAUCAGCGCGCCGCGCCGCCGUGCUCGGCCGGGAGGCCUGGAGACACGCGCACCUUCCCACACCCAGGAAGCCGCCGACGCGGGCGCGGCGGCGCGCGCCAUGUCCCGCGGGCACGCGGAGUUCCCCUCCGCGGUGGCACCCACACAGAGACCGCCCGGGACACACACGUGCCCGGGAAGGGGCGGCCGCACCUGGCUCGGGGGACGGAGCGGGGUCUGGAGCGUGCCCGGGGUGGGCACCGCGGGGCCUGGCCUCCCGAGUCACUGGGGAACGCGUCCCGGGACCGGGACCGGGGAUCCCAGCCCUGCGUCCGGGGUGGCGGACCUCCGGACCCUCUAGGCCUGGGGUGCGGGGCAGCAGGAAGAGCUGAGGUCGUACCCCAACCGGCCACAGAGCUGGCGGGCCGCGCAGCCCGCGGCUCCCCGGGGCCCGACUCCCCCGCACCCCCGCCCUGCACCGAGGGCUCCCCCAGAUCCGGGAGGACUUCGGCGGCGGCCAAUGAGAGCGCUCGCCGUCUCCGGGAGCCGGGCCGGCUCUGCCCGCCUGGCAUUGGGCACGCGAUGGGCAGCGGCGGGCGGGGCCUGGGGGCUCCUCGCGCCUGGUUGGGCCAGGCUUGUUGCUGGGUAACGCGGCGGCGAGUUUCCCCUGGCAACGGCGGCGGGUACCGCUCACUGGCUGGCCGAGAUGGAGGCAGGGCGCGGGCGCAGGCAGGCCCCGCAGACCCCAGCAACAGCGCGGCCCCCGCCCCGCGCGGAGCUGUAACCUUCACACGCGCGGCCCGGACCCUGCGGACGCCAGGACGCCCCGCCGCCCCGUGCAUCCUGGCCCCGCGUGGGGACCUAGGACGGCGCUCCCUAUCGGGACCAGGGCCCUUCGGUGGAAAGUGGCCUGGGACUCACCGCAAAGCUCAGGCCGACUCUCACCUGGCAGGCAUCCCCCUGCUUCAUCCUCCUGAAGUGCUGGGGAAACAGGUGCCCGGGUCCCGGGUGUGCAUCUGGGCCUCUGGCCGGGUUUCUGAGUCUGUGCGUCCCGCGGCUCAGUCGGCCGUGGCUGGGGCAGCCACGGUGGGUCAGACAGAGCGCUCCUCGGUGUGGGUGCGGAUCCCGCGGUGUGCCCGCGCGCGCUCCUCCCGCGGGCCCGCCCCGCCCCUCGGCCGCAGGGAAAGCCCCGCGCGCGGAGGCAGGGGGCGCGGCGGCCGCCUGCAAGCCCCGACUUGUCCCCGGCCGCGGGCGGGGCCCCGGCGUCACGCGGGGGCGGGGCGUGGGAGCCAGCGAGGGGCGGGGCGGGGCGGGGCGGGGCGGGGCGGCCGCCGAGUGCGCGGGCCCGGGGAUCUGCCCGGCGGCCGGAGUCGCGGCUCGGAGCCACAUGCGAGCGGGACGCCCGGGAGGCGGCGAGGACUGCGGCGACCGGGCAGGACGCUGAUCCCGACGCGGACGCCGACGCGCCAGCAGCAGCGGCGGCGGCAGCAGACACCGCGGUCAGAGCGGCGGCGGCGGGAGCCGCUCGGCGGGCGCGCCCUCCGGAAGGCAGCAGCCCGUCGCCCCGUCCCCUCCCUCCUCCGGCCGCCAGGCCGGGAGGGCUCCCUGGAGGAGGUGAGGGGUGCCCGGGCGGAGAGGGUGGUCGCCGUGCGCUCCCGCAACCCGGGUCCCAGCUUCUUCCAUCCCCGGGGCCGCGGCGGGGCCGGCCGGGCGGGAAGGGAGCCUGUGGGACCCGGGGCGCCCGGUCUGGGCGCACAGGUGCCGCAGCGGUCUGGCGGGUUUGUUUACAAACAAUGGGGUUCGGGCUCGCCCGCGCCCCCUGGUGGCCAGUGA